ACCUUCGCUACGAGCAGCCAGCGGUGGCUCGAUCAGUUCGGCUACAGAGACCCGGACACAGAGCCCGUGCGCUCGAACGCUCGUCGAAAAAAGAAAAACUCGCGGCAGCACCCAUCUCUAUUCCCGAACUCGCCGGCGACGAGUGACCUAUGGCGGACGGCGGCGAGAUGGACGAGGAGGCGAUGAUGCGCGCCUUCUUCCCGACCUCAUUUGGCAAGGCGCCCACCCGCCCCAGCGCCGCCUCCCACUCCUCCACCCUCCGCAAGCCCCAAAACCCUAGCUCCAACCCCUCCACCUCUGCCGCCGCCGAGGAGGACGAUGUCGGUGGCGCCGUUGUCGGACCCCCUGGGCCGCCCAAGGAAUUGGCUCCUAUCCAGGAGGAUGACGAGGAGGGUGGCGGUCUGAUUGGGCCGCCUCGGCCGCCACAGCGGCCGUCUGCGCACGCGGAGGUGGAGGACGAGGACGGCAGCAUGGUUGGGCCGCCUCGGCCGCCACCGUCGAAGGAGGGGGAUGAGGAUGACGAGGACGACGACGACGAGGAUGACGACGACGAUGAUAUGGAUGAUGAUGGGGAUGAUUUCGGCAGGAUUCCUCUCAGCAACGAAAUUGUUCUGCGGGGGCACACCAAGGUUGUCUCAGCCCUUGCUGUUGACCCUACAGGAUCCCGAGUGCUCUCUGGCAGCUAUGAUUAUACAAUACGGAUGUAUGACUUCCAAGGCAUGAACUCGAAGCUACAGUCAUUUAGGCAAUUAGAACCUUGUGAGGGGCAUCAAGUUCGUAGCCUAAGCUGGAGUCCAACAUCGGACCGAUUCUUAUGUGUCACGGGUUCAGCUCAGGCCAAGAUAUAUGACCGAGACGGGCUUUCACUUGGUGAGUUUGUUAAGGGUGACAUGUAUAUCCGUGAUCUGAAGAAUACAAAGGGUCACAUUUCUGGACUAACUGGUGGUGAAUGGAAUCCCAAGUCAAAAGAAACUAUAUUGACCUCAUCGGAAGAUGGAUCAUUACGUCUCUGGGAUGUUUCAGACUUUAGCAGUCAAAAGCAGGUCAUCAAACCAAAGUUAAAAAGACCAAUGCGAAUUCCUGUUACUUCAUGUGCAUGGGAUCAUGAAGGCAAGCGGAUUGUUGCUGGCGUGGGGGAUGGUUCCAUUCAGCUCUGGACCAUAAAGACUGGAUGGGGAAGCAGACCAGAUAUUCAUGUUGAAAAAGCACAUACAGAAGAUAUCACUGGGGUUAAGUUUUCUACUGAUGGGCAGAUUCUUCUGUCAAGAAGUAUGGAUAGUACUCUAAAGAUAUGGGAUUUGAGGAAAAUGAAGACUCCUUUGAAAGUGUUCGACGAUCUGCCUAAUAACUAUGCGGAGACAAAUGCUUCAUUUAGUUCAGACGAGCAACUUAUUUUUACAGGAACCUCUGUUGAGAAAGAUGGGCAGAAGGAGGACUUUGAGCAUAAGGCUGUUGGAGAGCAUGUGCAUUUGAUAGGAGGGAAACGUAGAAGCUUAGUAGAAAAUCGAAAAGGGGUGGGAAUAUUGUCACCACAAUUAACAGAAGCGCAGUGA